AUGGUUGCGAAGAGAAAGAAAACCGCGACCGAGCCGCGGCUGAGCACAGCCUCUCGGAAGUGGAAACAGGCGGCAGAAUCGGGUGCUGUCUCUAGCGGAACGGCGGCUGUUGACGCUGAGUCUUUUCUGAACAGAGUCCGGGAGUUGAAAAGGGAAAUAGAGUCCAGAGAGGCUGCAAAACAACGGUUUAUUUUGCAGCAGAGUUCCGAUGCCUCGAGCGCAGCACGCAUAGAGGUGCGCGAGCUCGAUUGCGACCAGGUACUUGCCGAACUCGAACGAGUCAUUCUCUCCGCAGCAAAGUCUAUACUGGAGGGUCGUGGUCUCUCCUACAAGGUGCCACGGAGAUCCGCGGGCAACCAAGAGUACGUCGAGGAGCUGGAACGGAUCGUGCUCAAAGACGGGGUCGCGAUUCGCAACUUCGCCUCCGUCGCCUCGGUUCGCAAAACCACUAUCAUGACGAGAGUGCUACAGCUUGUGCACGAGCUUUGCACCCGACGGAUACACACAACAAAACGCGACUUGUUCUACACAGAUGUGAAAUUGUUUCGGCAGCAAACCGAGUCAGACGAUGUGCUCAACGAUGUUGCAUGCCUGAUCGGCUGUACUCGAAACUCUCUAAACGUCGUUGCGUCAGAGAAAGGCAUCGUCGUUGGCCGUGUAACUUUCCAGGAAGACGGGGAUUUGAUCGACUGCACGCGUAUGGGCGUUGGCGGGAAAGCAAUACCUCCGUACACCGAUCGAAUCACGAAUAUAACAUCGGACGCCGAAUUUAUCCUCCUGGUCGAGAAGGAUGCAGCAUUUAUGCGCUUAGCGGAAGAUCGCUUCUAUAAUCGCGUGAAAUGCAUUAUUGUCACUGCAAAAGGUCAGCCGGACGUCGGAACACGUUUGUUUCUGCGAAGACUGAAGCGGGAAUUGCAUUUACCAAUCCUUGGUCUAGUAGACAGCGAUCCGUACGGACUGAAAAUUCUUUCGGUUUACAUGAGUGGCAGUAAGGGCAUGAGCUACGAUUCUGCAAAUCUAGCAACGCCCGAUAUAAAGUGGUUGGGGAUUCGGCCAACCGACCUUGAUCGCUACGGUAUCCCGGAGCAGUGCCGCCUUGCGAUGACAGAAAAUGAUCUUAAGACCGGAAAAGACAUGCUGGAAGAAGAUUUUAUCAAAAAGAAUCCAGCCUGGCAUCGAGAGCUCUCCCUGAUGGUGAAGCGGAAAGAGAAGGCUGAGAUUCAGGCUCUCAGCAAUUUCGGCUUCCAGUACCUAACCGAAGUAUAUUUGCCCGAAAAGAUUCGUCACGGAGACUGGAUUUGA